AUGGCGGAGGCAGCGAAAGACGUGGCGGGGCAGGAGGCGGCCGACGCGGCCAAGGUGGACUCAACCGCCAAGGACGGCAAGGACGCACACACCAUCGAUGCGAAUGAGAUCCGUGUCACGGCGCAAGGGAAGAUGAGGAACUAUGUUACCUAUGCGGCGUCGCUGUUCACGGACAAGAACCAGACUUCUGUCGUGCUGAAAGGGAUGGGACGCGUCAUCAACAAGACCGUAUCGCUGGCCGAGAUCUUGAAACGUCGCGUGAAGGGGCUCUAUCAGCUCACAGAGAUUGGCUCCGUAGAGGUCACCGAUACCAGUCCGGCCCAGGAAGACGAUCAGGAACCGGCAGAGACUACUCGCCUGCUGUCUGUUAUUUCCAUUGUGCUCACCACAACACCCCCGGAUGACCACUUGAGGUACCAGACGCCUCUCCCUGAUGAGGAGAUAGAGCCGCUGAAGAAGGUCCCUGCUCGCCGAGGACGAGGCAGGGGGGGCCCCCGGAACAGGAUCGCCACUGGCAGACCCGGCAAGGACGAACAUGAUGGGACACAGGGCGAGGCAGAAGCCAUGGACACCGUGGAUGGCCCCGGUCGCCGUGGAAGGCGCCCGGUGCGUGGGGGUCGUGGCCGUGGCCGCGGCCGUGGAAGGGGCCGUGGGCGCGGGCGUGGCUCCAAGACGGGUGACACUGCUGGCGAGGCACCUGUGACAGUCACUGAGGCAGCCGCCUGA